CACCAAUCGCGUCCCAGUGGGCGGGGUUUGACCGUUAAUCCAGGAUGUGAAUGUUUCGUUCAGUCCGUGUAACUGGCAAAGAUGUUUACAAUAAAUAUAUCCUGCAUUUUUAUUCUUAGUUGCAGUGACCAUGAAGAAAACAACUAGACGAAAGCCGCAGACGUUUAUCUCUCGAUUUGUUCGCACUUUGCAUGAGCAGUGGGGAUUGAAUGGUCACUGAUUGCUGUCCUCGGUUGGGAUUGCAGCUUGGCCUGUCAGUGUAAUUUACUGCUGUUACAGUCAUGUUUAUUUCAUAAAGAUGGCAACGAGGGGCACAUUAUAAACUAAAUGACUGUCAGAAACAUCGCCUCCAUUUGUAAUAUGGGCACCAAUGCCUCUGCUCUGGAGAAAGACAUUGGUCCAGAGCAGUUCCCCAUCAAUGAACACUACUUUGGAUUGGUCAAUUUUGGAAACACGUGCUACUGUAACUCAGUGUUGCAGGCUCUGUAUUUCUGCCGGCCAUUCAGGGAGAAUGUGUUGGCAUAUAAAGUCCAGCAGAAAAAGAAGGAGAAUCUUCUCACCUGUCUGGCCGACCUCUUCCACAGCAUCACCACGCAGAAGAAGAAGGUGGGCGUGAUCCCUCCCAAGAAGUUCAUCUCACGUCUGCGGAAGGAGAAUGACCUGUUUGAUAACUACAUGCAGCAGGAUGCCCACGAGUUCCUGAACUACCUGCUGAACACAGUGGCUGACAUCCUGCAAGAGGAGAAGAAACAGGAAAAACAGAACGGACGGCUAAAGAACAAUGGCACUGCCAUCGCCACGGACACCGAGCCAGAACAGAACAAGGCCGAGCCCACCUGGGUUCACGAUAUCUUCCAGGGCACGCUGACCAAUGAGACGCGAUGUCUCAACUGUGAGACGGUCAGUAGCAAGGAUGAAGACUUUUUGGAUUUGUCUGUAGAUGUUGAGCAGAACACUUCAAUAACACACUGUCUCAGGGACUUCAGUAAUACAGAGACCCUGUGCAGUGAGUAUAAAUACUACUGUGAGAUGUGCUGUAGCAAACAAGAGGCACAAAAACGUAUGCGUGUGAAGAAGCUGCCCAUGAUCCUGGCUCUUCAUCUGAAGCGCUUUAAGUACAUGGAGCAGCUGCAUCGGUACACUAAACUGAGCUAUCGUGUGGUCUUUCCACUGGAGCUCCGCCUCUUUAACACCUCUGUAGAUGCCGUCAACCUUGACCGCAUGUAUGACCUCGUCGCUGUGGUGGUCCACUGUGGCAGUGGCCCAAACAGAGGGCAUUACAUCACCAUCGUGAAGAGUCACGGUUUCUGGCUGCUGUUUGAUGAUGACAUUGUGGAGAAAAUUGAUGCACAGGCGAUAGAGGAGUUCUACGGUUUGACUUCUGACAUUUCCAAGAACUCUGAGUCGGGAUACAUCCUGUUCUAUCAGUCCAGAGAAUGAAGGAGCAGAGGAGGGACGCAAGAAGAGACCAAAAGGAAGCGUAUAUGUGAAGAUGAUAUCCGCUAGAUUCCUUUUCCACAUCCCUCUCCUUUUCCUCAUCUCAUUCUCAGGGUCUCCAGCUGAGACUGAGUUGCCAAAAGCCCUCUGUAACCCCAUUUUGCCAAUAUGACAUUUCCCAAAAGUUCCAUUCUCCCAAUCUCGCUGCACUCUGGGGGAAAAAAACACAAAUCUGACCCUCAAGUCAGUCACCUGCAUCUGGAAGGCACUUUAUAAACAAAAACGACAAUAAGUAACACAAAAGCAACACAAAAAAAUCACAACAUAUUCAACUACAAUACUUGUGGAAUCAAACUUGAAGGAAUCAAAAAGUUACAAAAAGAGCAAUGAGUCCUGGUACUCUAGCAAGAGUCUCUGCAUCUGUUUGUUUAGUGCCCUGGAAAGUGCCUCUCAUCAUGGGUAUCUGAAACCAGGAGGAGGGUUUCUCUCUCAAUCUCUGGCUUAAGGUCAGGGAGCCGUUUCGGGACCCUUUAGAUGUUUCAUACUGUGAUGCCUACUCAUCAGUCGUCCUACAUACGACUUUUACCCAGUAGCUGGUGAAUCCACACAUCCUAGUUCAGUCCUGGUCAUUGGAGGGGCUGUUUGCACUGUGUAACAAUUUGUUUUGGAUUUUGGCAUGUUGUGGGAAUUAGAUUAUGAUUCUGAGUGGCGUGUGUGUGUGUGUACGUGUGUGUGUGUGUGUCUGCAUCUAGUCAUGCAGGCAGCUGCUGUGAAGUGACUUUGCUUUUCAUCCAGAAAUAGUUGCAGUCUUGUUACCGAGAGAGUUUUCAGAAGUUGUCCGAUUGAAUUCUUUGCUCUCUUACAGUAACAAAGAAAAAGGGCAGAAAUGCUGCUUUUGUCUCCUUUCCAUUCUUAUCUACCACUGUUGUUACCUUCCAUUGUAGGUAAUGGCCUUACAUUGACACGUGUGUUAACAACCUUGCAGUCAACUCUUGUUGUUAAGUUCACCCAAAUCUGCCGGUCCCAACUGACUUCUAGUUUCUAGUUCCUGCUUUAGUUACUCCAGGUGGGUUGAAUCCAUCUUUUUCCUCCUAAAUAGAUGUUGUAACUUGUAAACAUGGUCAUUUUUUAAAGAAAAAUUAUGUGGCAUUUCAUUUUAUCAUUACUUUUAUGUUUUAAAGGUAUAGUUCACCAAAAAUUAAAAUUUGCUGGAAAAUGUACUCAUCCUUAUGCCAUCCAAGAUGU